AUGGUCAAUAAAAAUAACAAUAACCAACCACCACGUAGAUCAAGCCGCCACAAGAAGUCCCCUAACGACUCAGAACAACCUUCUCCAAAUAAGCGCGUAACCAUGACUGUCGAGAAUCAAGACGUUGAAAUGGGACAGGCUGACGAAGUCGAUGAUACUGAAAAGAAGGCUUUAGAAUCUGACGCUUUAGUGUUAUCUGAACUCAGACAAAAUUUCACCCUUCUGGAACGUGCCGUAUCUACCAUCGAGUCACGAUUCACAACACGUGUUCUAAGAACUACUGCGUCCAUUAGGAAACGUUUGACUGCAGAUCUCUUAGCUCAAGCAAUUAGAGAUAUUUAUCCAAAAGAUUCUACAGAUAAAGGCAAAUUGUUAAAUUAUUUGGGAAAGGAUACUGCUGUCAUGGAUGUUGACGCAGACGAUUCCGGAAAAGAUAAUCCACCAAUCUUACCCGAGAUUGAUCUCUAUCUCCAUCUGUUGUUGAUGAUAUAUUUGUUGGAUAAACAAGAAUUUGAAAAGGGUAUUCAACUUUCUAAUGAAACGAUCGCUAAAAUUCAAAGUUUAAACCGUCGUACGUUAGAUCAGUUGUCUGCUCGUACUUAUUUUUAUUAUGCUCGAUUCUAUGAGCUGACAGGAAAUUUGGCUGUAAUUAGACCUACUUUGUUGGCGGCCCAAAGAACUGCAACUUUGCGUCACGAUGAUGAUUCUCAGGCCACGUUGCUCAAUUUGCUAUUGAGAAAUUAUUUUCAUUAUAAUUUGUACGAUCAAGCCGACAAGCUUGUCAGUAAAACCACUUUUCCUGAAACCGCUGGAAACAACCAGCAAGCUAGAUAUAUGUACUACUUAGGUCGUAUCAAGGCUAUUCAGCUCGAUUAUACGGUAUCACAUACUCAUUUAUUGCAGGCCAUUCGUAAAGCACCUCAAAAUACUGUGACAGCUGGCUUUCAACAAGCGGUCUAUAAACUUUCGAUCAUUGUUCAACUUUUAAUGGGUGAAAUCCCUGAAAGAUCUAUAUUCAGGCAACCGGUUUUAAAAAAACCAUUGGUUCCAUAUUUGCACAUUGUUCAGGCUGUGCGAAUUGGCGACUUGUCGAAAUUUCAAGAGACAUUGGCUAAAUAUGGAGAAGUCUUUCGUGCUGAUAAAACAUUCACUCUGAUUAUAAGCGAGGAGGACGCUGAGUAUAUUGUCGCCAAGGCUAUUCGUGAUGGUGUGAUUGAUGCUACUAUAGAUCAUGAAAAGGGUUUUAUGAAAUCAAAGGAAAACGCUGAUAUUUACUCAACAAAUGAACCUCAAUUUGCUUUCCAUCAACGUGUUAGCUUCUGUUUAAAUCUCCAUAAUGAAUCAGUCAAGGCAAUGAGGUUUCCUCUUAAUGCCCAUCGAAAAGAAUUGGCUUCGGCCGAAGCUCUGCGUGAAAGAGAAAGAGAACUUGCAAAAGAAAUCGCAGAAGGUGAAAUUGAUGAGGAUGACGAUGUCG